AUGUGCACCAGAAUUCAAUGGACGCCCAAAAGGCAUAAUUGCUUUGAUUCCGGAAUUCCCGCGAAUACUUUUUUCGGUCCACACAUAUAUCCAUCACAUUCUGAGGCUAAUGUCAAACUGGAUGGCGAUGUCGGGGAACCACUAUAUUUGACGCCAUACAUCGAGAGUGGACGGGUAGCUGAGGCACAAAAGUUGAGUCGAGUGUCGGGUCUGCCCUCAGCGCCCAAUAUUACCCACUAUUCCGGGUUUCUCACCGUUAAUAAGGAAUACAACAGUAAUAUGUUUUUCUGGUACUUCCCGGCACUGAAUGGUAACAAAAAAUCACCUGUACUACUGUGGCUUCAAGGAGGGCCGGGAGGUUCAUCAAUGUUAGGGCUGUUCACAGAGCACGGACCCAUCGUAUUGGAUAAGAAUCUAACGCCUAGUCUUAGGGAAUACACGUGGGGUCAGGAGUUCUCCCUGAUAUACAUCGAUAAUCCAGUUGGCGCUGGCUUUAGUUUCACUGAUAAUGACCUUGGUUAUACUAAUAAUGAGUCCGAUGUGGCCCGGGAUCUCUACGAAUCCUUACAGCAGUUUUUCACACUAUUUCCCGAUGAGAGACAAAACGAUUUCUAUAUAACGGGUGAGUCAUAUGCAGGGAAAUACGUGCCGGCGAUCGCCUAUAAGAUACACUCAGAGGGAAAGGCAUCUAAUAUUAACCUGAAAGGUAUAGCCAUUGGGGACGGCCUUAUAGACCCGGUCAGCCAAUUUGACUAUGCACCAUUUCUAUACCAAACCGGACUCAUCGAUGAGAAUCAAAGAGAUUAUGUCAAUACAGAGACUAAUAAAGCGAUUGAAUUCAUCAAUAAUAAAAAGUAUCUGGAUGCCUUUAAGACUAUUGAUAUACUAUUGACUGGUAGUGAUUCUUACUUUAAAAACGCUACGGGACUGUCAUUUUAUUUCAACUAUUUGUUGACUAAUAGUCCCGAAGAGUUUAAUUAUUAUCCCAAAUAUCUGGGACUGGAAGCCACCAGACGUGCCAUACAUGUCGGGAAUCUAACCUAUAAUGACGGCAAUAAAGUGAUGGAUCAUUUGAUGGCAGAUAUCAUGCAAUCAGUGAAGCCAUGGCUGACCACACUUAUGGACGCAGACUAUAAGGUUAUGCUAUUCAGUGGUCAACUGGACAUAAUAGUGGCGGCCACUCUCACUGAGAACUUCAUUCAAAGCAUAAAGUGGUCGAAAGCGAGUCAAUACAAGUCCGCUGACAGACUCGUGUGGAAAGUCAGUGAUAAGGACACAGAAGUGGCCGCUUUUUUCGGUCCACACAUAUAUACAUCACAUUCUGAGGCUAAUGUCAAACUGGAUGGCGAUGUCGGGGAACCACUGUUUUUGACGCCAUAUAUCUCUAGUGGACGGAUAGCUGAGGCACAGAAGUUGAGUCGUGUGUCGGAACACGGACCCAUCGUAUUGGAUAAGAAUCUAAAGCCUAGUCUUAGGGAAUACACGUGGGGUCAGGAGUUCUCCCUGAUAUACAUUGAUAAUCCAGUUGGCGCUGGAUUUAGUUUUACUGAUAAUGACCUAGGUUACGCUACUAAUCAGUCGGAUGUGGCCCGGGAUCUCUACUCAGCCCUCCAGCAGUUUUUCACACUAUUUGCCUCAGAGAGACAAAAUGAUUUCUAUAUAACGGGUGAGUCAUAUGCGGGCAAAUACGUGCCGGCGAUCGCCUAUAAGAUACACUCCGAGGGAAAGGCAUCUAAUAUUAACCUGAAAGGUAUAGCCAUUGGGAACGGAUGGAUAGACCCGGUUACCCAGUUGGGCUAUGGACCAUUCCUAUACCAAACCGGACUCAUUGAUGAGAAUCAAAGAGAUUAUGUCAAUACAGAGACUAAUAAAGCGAUUGAAUUCAUCAAUAAUAAAAAUUAUCUGGAUGCUUUUAAGACUAUUGAUAUACUGACUGGUCUAUGGUCUAUGGAUUCUUACUUCAGAAACGCUACGGGACUCUCAUUUUAUUACAACUAUUUGUUCACUAAUAGUCCCGAAGAGUUUAAUUAUUAUUCCAAAUAUCUGGAACUGGAGGCCACCAGACGUGCCAUACAUGUCGGGAAUCUGACCUAUAAUGACGGCAAUAAAGUGAUGGAUCAUUUGAUGGCAAAUAUCAUGCAAUCAGUGAAGCCAUGGCUGANCAUUAUAAUAGAGAAUCCAAACCAUAGGCUAACAUAG